UAUACGAAAAAGUAUUAUUGAUGGUUAAUCGAUAUUCAAUACCUUCUCUCAGCUGAAGGACUGAGAGAAGAUAAUUUGGAAGUUUCUCAUGAGUGUCGCUUCGUUUUUGGAGUGGAGUUAAGUUCAAGAUAAACAUUGUUAAUUCUUUAACAUUAAGCGGAAAUGAAAACUGUUGACCGAAGAUUGUUUGUUAUAUUAUACUGUCAUGUUGAAAGAAUACAAUCAAUAUACUUAAUUGAGCAUUGCGAUCAGAGAUAGUCGGAUAUCAAAUACCACUUAAAGAAAUCGAGUGUAAAAAGUGUGAUAUUCAAUUCAUUUUAUUCAAAAUGACUAAAAUUGUGAAUGAACAUUAUAAGCAAACUUGUUAAAAGGGUGAAAGUGCAUUAUUUGUGAACUGUAUAUUUCUUUUGAAACGUGUGCCGUUCUCAUGCACGUGGACUUUAUACUACAAAACCAAACAUGAAUAAAUCAAACGUUUUGCGAAAUGGCUAUGUAAUAAGUGAACGCCCUUGCAUCGGACGACCAUAGGAGCCGUGAAUGCUUCAAGAGUCAAGUAUAGUCUGAACGUGAAGGAUUCAAAAACGAAUCCUUCAGUGGCUUUGAAAGUUGACUUACAUGACGACGAACGCACGGCCACCAGCACCAAUGAAGCGGGGCAAAUCGGCGGGUGCCCCGGCUACAGUGGCCUCCAAGGAGUCCGUUGAAGAGAUACGCGGUCUGUGCAGACGAGUGGCCCCUUACAUGGUGCGCCAAUGGCGAGAAGUGUGUUCCUUUCUUGGUGUAGCAGACAACAUUCUAGAUGACCUCGUCCUCGAGUACCAGGGCCGACGCAAAUCAGAGCUUGCAUUUCAGGGGCUGUACCGAUGGCAGGAAACGGCCGGUAGGGGCGCGCAUAAAGACAAAAUACUUAAAGCCCUGCAGCACGCCGGACUAAAACGAGCAGAGGAUGAAUACCGGGCCAUGGACACAAGUAAGCGAAAGGUGCCCUACAUGGGGCGUCCGGAGAACGCAGCUGCCCAGUCGGAAACACCCGCCAACAAGCAGGCGAAGCAAAAAGCCUUUGCUGACCGGUUAUCGCGGCCGAAGACUUCCCCUAGCGGCGACCAGCAGGAUCCACGGAAGUCCACGAAGAAGCCUAAGUCUGCUGCGGUGGUCGCCUCUCAGACCAACCCACUUACACUUCAGGUGCCUGCCACUAAACCCACAGACAGAUGCGAGUUGAAGUUGAAAGUGACUGUGAAGGGCGUACAGCGGCGGGGCCAGGCGGAGGUGGAGGCGACCCGUGACGACUUCCGGUCCACCAAGGACGACUAUAAGCACACCUGCCACACCUUCGUCAAGCUCGUCUUGGCCAACAGGAGGUUCCACUUUCGGGAGCUGAGGCGUCUGCUCGACUUUCCAGGGAUUUCUAUUCAAAGACUUACCAUCAUUGGUUUCAACAUCAACGUCUUCAUCCUGUGUCAUACUCUCGGCGCUUUCGAAAUACUUCACCAGACCUAUGUCACUGGACGCUUGAGUGCGCUAUUUCACCGCGCCCUGGUCACCCAGCUCUAUCUGGAUAGGUUGUGUGCCGCCCAGCUGGAACUGUCGGUAACGCAUGACGAGGCGAUGACAAGCAUGUUCCGGAACAUUCUAGUUGAGAGAAGCUACCUAGAGCGCGCGGACUCCAUAGCAACAAAACAUCCGGUGGACGAGUGUGACUACUUCACAUGUGACACGGAUGACGAGUCCGAUUAUGGGAAAGCUCCGAAUGCAGAUAAAAUAAAAUCCUUCGAUCUCAGUGCAUUGAAAGAAGACUUGAAUAGGUUUAUAGGCGACAUGAAACAGCGUUUAGACACCUACAAUGAGAAUAUCAAAGACCUGCUUAUGACGCUACGUAUAGUGGGACAGGGUAGCAGCCCCGAGAUCUCGUGCCUAGAUGACGUCAUUGAAUGCCUUGAUUAUCUCCGAAACAGCAAAAGUGUAGGUCAGGGCGGGAAAACGGACCUGUUCAGGGAAUAUCUGGCCAUGGUCAACCAGAUACGCCUUAAAGUGCAAGAUAUCAGCGAACAGGACUACCUGGUCAGCUUUGACACAAACCUUACGGGGGACGCAAGUGAAACAUUCCAUAAAGUUUUAAGUGAAAUUGAAAUAAUGCUUCAUCCAAUAUCAAAGUUUAAAGUUGACGAACAAGUUUUGAAUGAAAUUACUCAAACCGGUAUUGAAAAGGAAAUAUUUGGUGGGUUAAUAUGUUUCUUGCCAAAACUGUUGCAACUUAUGCAAGAUCUUGCCGAAUCUAUUGAACGUGAUGAUACAAAUAAGGACGAAACUGUAGACCUAGAUACUGAACAUAACUUUGUUGAAACUGGCGAAGAGAACAAAGAAAAUGUGACUGGGGGUCAGGAGAUAAUUGAAAAUUCAAAGACAGAACCGGUGAAUAGAACAAGCAACGCGUCCGACCAGCAGGACAAACAGCUCAGGCCUUCAUCUGCUGUGAAUUAUGUUGAAACAUGGACACCUUAGAGAACAAUAUAUCUUUUUUCCAUCCCGGUUAUACUAACUAAGCCAUAGAAAUAAAGACAUUUGCCAUCACUGGCACAUACAACAAACACGGUCGUUACUAAAAGCAGUUUUAAUUGUAUAAAGAAAAUAACAUUCAAGAGGAAGGUAUAUGUAAAUGCAUGUAUAAUAAAUACAAUGUACAAAUUGUAUGAUUGGCCAGCGUCAUAUACAAUCUAAGCUACAAAAAUAUGCCAUGUAUUGAAGAGUUUCU